GUAAACAACAUGGCGAGUGAAAUGUGUCAUAUUUGGGAAUUCUGGUAGAUAAACAAUGAAAAAAGGAUAAUUAAAUAGGUUUAUACCAAUAGUUUCCGAUAAGAAUCAAAAUCGGGUCAUCACCAACUAUUUACGCUAAACUGAUUUUUUUUUUAACAGAAAAUUAUGCUAAAUAAAUGUGUUUGCAAUGCCGACAGUGGAUCAAAAACCGGUUGUUAAAUCCAGUAACAGCAAAAGAGGCUCUUUAACAAGUGACAAGACGAAGAAGGCAAAAAAGAAGAAAAAGACUAAAAAGUCAGCAAAAUUAGAGUCUAAAGAAGGGUUGAUUCAUAAAGAUGUUAAUAGUUUGGAAAUAGAAGGAACAUGUUAUCAGAAUGACGAUGACACAGAUGACUCCUCAAGCACAAAGACACCACGUUUACCAAAACUUUCUGUAUCGGAUAUAACUGUGAAAUGCAAGACUACACCAAGACCAGUGUCAACAGAUAGUCAAAUUUCAAGAUUCUCUAACACUCGACAGACAGACAGUAAAACUGCUGUACCUCGUUCAAAAUCACAGUCUGCAGACUCCUUCAGUGCUAAAUUAUCUAAUAUAAGUUUAAAAAACAAAAAUUCAAAAUCUAAAAAUAAAACUGGUAGUGCUGGAAAGAAGGACAGUGGCAGUGCCAAAACUAAGAAAACAGAUGAGAAACAAACACCUGCUGCUUUGAACUCUGUUAUGCCUAAUAUUGUGGAAACUCAAAAAAACGUUUCUGUUGUAAGUGAAAGUGUUCGAUGGGAAAAUGAACUCACAGGUACAGAUAUGGAAAGGGAGAGAAUUCAUUUAUAUAAAAUCAAUCGUAGAAAGCGUUACCUUGCUGCUGCUCAGCUUAAGGGUUUGGGUUGGGUAAAGCAAUAUGGCGUUAAUGGGUUCCCUCUGUCAGAAGAUACAAGUGUAGAUGUCAGAAAAGAAGGGGGUAUUAGUGAAUUCUCUACUGUUAGCAUUAUUCGCACCAGCCAAAAAAAUAUUUCAUUAUUGGGUGAUGCCAAAGCUAUUAGCAUAGGACAUUAGUUGCUUCUAAAUCUUGCAUUUAACAAAAUCAGCAGUUUAUGUUCAGAGUAG